AUGGCAGGAACAUUACACCCAGACAAGGAAUUGCAAAGAUUCAACACGGCAAGGGAAAACCUAGGCCAAUAUUUCCGCUUCAAGCCGAGAUCGGCCUUUUUCAACAUCAUAGCUAUGGGCGCCAUACCGGUGGGAUUGGUGAUUUUGGGGUACAAUUACGAAGGCAAGAUCAGCAUGAGGGAUAUCUUUAGGAAAGAGCCGGUGUUGAAUAAGGAGUACGUUCCUAGAGAUAAGGAUCUUUAG